AAGACGGGCACAACGGCCAGGCAUUCCUGUUGAAGAUACUCGAAUACACUGUUUCAUGUGAAAAUCAAAAAGGAAAAACAAAGCUUCGUUUCGAUGACUCAAGUAUCAACUGAUGCAAAUACUUUCUCACAAAAAUUAUUGAGUGGCGCCCCCUGUGUUCGUCAUUGCUCUACCUAUUGACCGCGUGUUGUCCUGUGUACUGUCGCCAUUAUAAAGUCAAGAAGCAGAUGGCAACCAAGGCAUGUCUUCGCUGGGGCAUUUGCAGUGCAGGUCAAAUUUGCCAUGACUUUGUCAGUGCUCUUCGUACUCUCCCUCAUGCAGAACACAAGGUUGUAGCAGUAGCAGCCAGGGACCUCGCUCGUGCACAGGAGUUCGCAAAAUUACACCAAAUCACCAAUGCUUAUGGAAGUUAUGAAGAAUUAGCCAGAGAUACUGAUGUGGAUGUAAUAUAUAUUGGCACUGCCACACAUGAACACUGCCGCCUGACUCUACUCAUGCUGAACCAUGGUAAACCAGUGUUAUGUGAAAAACCUUUGGCAUCCAACCUCAAAGAAGCUCAGGAGAUGAUAUCUCUGGCUAAACAAAAGAAGCUGUUCUUAAUGGAGGGUUUUUGGACCAGAUUCUUCCCAGCAGCCAUUAAACUUCGAGAAGAAAUAGCAAAUGGUACCAUUGGUGAUGUCAGACUGGUUGAUACCAGGGGGUUCUACAAUUUGUUAGAAAAUCCACCAGAGAAGUUUUUUAGUCCCAGUUAUUCAGGGGGAUCUAUAAUGUUGUUGGGUUGCUAUGGGAUCCAAUAUUGCUCCAUGAUAUAUGGGGAGAAACCCAUGAAAAUAUCUGCAAGUGGACAUUUAUAUGACACAGGGACAGAUAAGCUAGCUAUUGUGACCCUCAUUUACAGCAGUGGCAGGGCAGCAGUUAUCAAGACAGCAUUGGAAGUGACAUGCACCCCGACAAACAGUGUGACUGUAUAUGGAACAAAGGGUUCCAUGAAAAUUGGCCCUAUACAGUGGUGCCCUGUGGAAUUAAAAACUCCAACUGAGACAUUAAAUUUUCCUGCUCCUGAGCCUGCAGUAAAGGGGAAUUAUCCAAAUACUGGUGGUUUCCAGUACCAGGCAGAGGCUGUGAGACAGUGCCUGAUCAAAGGAGAACUUGAGAGCAGCACCAUGCCUCAUGAACACAGUUUGUGGAACAUGGAAAUCUUGGAUGAAGUCAGACGUCAACUUGGAAUUCAUUUUCCAGCUGAUGACAAGUAGCUUCAUGGUUGAUAGUGACAAAAAUUAUCAUCAGUAUAAAAUAUUGUGCAUUUAACCUGCAUAACUGGUUACUGUGAUCUGACUUACAUUGCCUAUCUAUCUGUUAAGUGAACAUACGAAAAUGCAAUAAGAGUGAUACAGUUUCAGAAACAGUGCUAUUGAAAGAGGUGUAGAAAUUAGUUUAGGAGCAGAAGUAAGACAAACCUAAGUCAAGUUGCAAUGACUAAGUAUUUCUAUCUCAGCAUCCUUAUCUCAGUUGAGUUUGUGCCUGAAUCUCCAGCUAACAGAAGUCAAUAUGAACUUUCUGCUGUCCAUUGCACUGCCACCGUCUGCCAUUGGAUUGGCCUCUGUGGUUAAAAUCUUUAUCACUAAGUUAUGUAUUAGCUCAUGUAGGAUGUACUGUUUCAGUUGUCACAGUUGGAAUUGAAAAGAAGCAAUACUCUCGGUUUUCUUAUUUCACUGCCUUACCAAGAUCAUAUAAGAUGAAACACUUCAAGAUAUGUACUAAUAUAACCUGGUAACAUCAAUAUUAUUUAUUAACAAUGAAUAAAUACAUAUUUUCAGAAGAAGUUCUAUGUUCAAAUGAUAUACGAUACCUGUAAAGCUGGUGAAUCAUUAAAGGACAGAACUUACUUUUUAAUCAUUUAUUUAAACAAACUAGGGGCUAGGGCAAAGUCUGGUUGGAAUAAAUGACUACAAUAAGCAUGAACUCAAUAUUGUUG